UUGAUGGCAAAUAAAAGGCAGCUGGACCUACGUUGAAAGCAUCAGUCACAUACGAAAGCUUCAAGCACAACCAACCAAGUAACAUAUCCACUAGAAAGGGAAUCCCAAGAUGCGUUUAAUACUCUUAGCACUCAUCGGCGUGCUCUGCCUCGCCUAUUGCUACGCCCUCGCCGAGGAGGAAAGCGACCAGAUUGAUCUGCUCAACGUCGCCGAUCAAGGACAGGCCCAUGCCAACGAGGGCAACCGAGAGGCCCGUCAAUGGGGCGGUGGCUGGGGCGGACGCGGAGGCGGCUGGGGCGGACGCGGAGGCGGCUGGGGCGGACGCGGGGGCGGCUGGGGUGGUCACGGCGGCUGGGGAGGUCGCGGCGGCUGGGGUGGUCGUGGCGGCGGUGGCGGCUGGGGCUGGGGACGAUAAGUCCUUCUGAAGCUAUCAACAACUGCCAACGCUCCACAGGCGUCCUAACACAGCGAAAACUUUGUUCAUUUUGUGUUUGUAAAUAAAGAACAUUACAAAAAACAA